AUGACCGACGGGCUCAAGAUAGACAGCAGGCCCCUCCCCGCCUUCUACUGCUGCUAUCUGCUUCGCUCAAAGAACCGCAAGGCCUUUUACAUUGGGAGCACACCCAACCCGGCCCGCCGUCUUGGUCAACACAAUGGGUCGAGCAAGGGUGGUGCAAAGCGCACUUCGAUGCAGGGGAAGCGGCCUUGGGAGAUGACCUGCAUCGUGACCGGCUUCCCCUCCAGAUUCGCCGCACUGCAAUUCGAAUGGGCGUGGCAAAACACGCACGCGACACGCCACAUCGAACGAGAUGUGCGCGAGGCGAGAAAGGACGAGUUGGAAAAGGGCAGGAAGAAUGCAUCGCCCGUCAAGAGAUCAAGACCACCAAUGUCACUGGAAGCACGACUCAAAAACUUGCAUCACCUCCUGGGCGUCGGUAGUUUUAGCAGGUGGCCGCUACACGUUCGAUUCUUCGCGCCAGAUGUGUUUUCGCAGUGGGAGAAACAUAUAUCCAAAAUGAACACGAGCCUACGGAAGAGCAUUACCAUCCGGCUGACUCCGGCCGAACUCCCCAAGUUGGCCCCUGAUGUAUCGAGCGAAAUGCGAACACACUUCAUACCAGAAGUCAUACGAGCAAUCCCUGUUGCUUAUGAAGACAUCAAACCGUAUGUUGAGAAGUCAAUGAGCACCCUGAGAGACGGGAAGACGCGGGAUUGUGGUGUCUGUAAGAAGGAUGUGAAUGUUGAUAGAUCGCUCGUGCUCAUUUGUCCCAACGAGACAUGCUGCUCUGUGUCACACAUGUCCUGCCUGUCGCAGAGAUUCCUUGCAGAAGAGGCCAACAAAGAGGCCUUUAUUCCCAUAGAAGGAACAUGUCCAAGCUGCCACAGCCCCAUCAAAUGGUCCGACAUGAUCAAAGAGCUCAGUCUACGAAUGCGCGGCGAGGACGAACUCAAAACUCUAUUCAAAACGAAGCGUAAAAAGAAGCAAGUCGACACCACAGAAGACGACACCGACGAAUAUCCCGACAUUGACGACCUCAACGCCGACCUCGACGAAGAUCUCGACGAAACCUGGAUGGAAAACGUAAACGAAGAAGACGACAAACCCCGAUCCUAA